UGCAGCUCACUCAGUUUGUCUCCCCCAGAAUCCCCUUUACUAUUCAACGCCUGUGUGAGUUACUCACUGAACCAAAGAGGAACUACACAGGGACAGACAAAUUCCUAAGAGGAGUCGAGAAGAAUGUAAUGGUGGUCAGCUGUGUCUAUCCCACCACAGAGAAAAACGGGUCCAGCAGUGUCAGCAGGAUGAAUGGGGUCAUGUUCCCAGGGAAUGCAUCUUCUUAUACAGACAGAAACAUAAACGGGCCUGGCACCCCCAGACCGCUGGCCCGGCCUAAGCUCUCACUGUGCAGUUCGCCAGCCACCAAUGGCCUCCCUGACAGCACGGAGAGUAAGGAGCCCCCCGCAGUGCAGGGAGAGAAGGCCAUCAGGUAUGGGGAUAGCAGCGCAUACAGACACAUGUGUUCCAUCCCACUAAGUGGGUCUGUUGUAAAACAUCCACUUUUAUAAAGCGGUGAGGUCAUAAAUCUGUAGUGUUAUUUGCUCCCUGUAAUCAUAAUUUUUAUUUUUUUAUUUUUUUUUUUUUAACCAAUUGAAAUAUUUUCAUUCGGAUGAACAUGAAUGUGAUUUGGUGAGCAGUUCUUUGUUUUUUUAUUGUCACAAAUGCGCCGCCCUGUCUAUGCGUGAGUGCAACAACAUGGACAAAACUGAUUAUGAUUAGCACAUGUGGAGAGUCUGUGCAGAGCUCAACUUCAGGCUGAUUAUAUUUUAUGUAUUUAUUUUUUAAACAUGUUUUAGAUUACCUUAAUGGUUCCUUUUUAAGAUUUGCCUCCCAUUACUCAGUAAAAAAUGUUUUGGCAUCUUAUUGCAUGUGUAUAACAUGCAAUGUUGGUACUAGCAUCACACGUCGUGCUGACCUAGUACUGAGGCAAAUGCAGUGCUUACCGUCGUCACUGCACUCCACUGCUUUGUGUGUGCGGAGUUUGCAUGUUUUCCCCCUGUGCGCAUGGUUUCUCCGGAUCCUUUGGUUUUCUCUCACAGUGUAAAAAUGUGUGACUGAUGUGAAUUGGAAGAGCCUAAAUUGAGCGUGUGUAUGUACGCUGCAGUAGGCUGUGAGCCCAUGGCUGCUGAUUCAGUCCUCCAUUAUUGCUGUGUUUAGUUUCAGAUUAAGACUCAUUUUCCUUUCUCAUUUUUUAGUGUAUUCACAUACAUAAAGAUGUCGCUCCCUCAAACCCAAACAGUGUCAUAAUAGACAAAUAAAUGGAUAUCACAAUAAAAAGAAGGGUAUAAAAUACAAAAGAUGUAUAGAAAUAGAUAAAAAUAAAUAUGUUCAAAAAGGAGACUGUAAAGUGACCAGUGAUGGGAGGGAGUGUGUGUGCUUGUGAGUAUUCAGUGCUUGUGAGUAUUCAGUGCUUGUGAGUAUUCAGGAGUCUAACAGCCUGGGGGAAGAGGCUGUUUUGCUGCCUGUUGGUCCUGGUUUGGAUGCACCCAAAACUUUCCAGAAUGCAAGAGAAAAACAAUCUGUCCGAGUGGCGUGAGGGAUCUCUAGUAAAGCUGGAGGCCCAGAAAGCGCAGCGUUGGUGGUGAAUCUCCAAAGGAGAAGGACAGAUGUACCAGUUAUCUUUUCAACUGUCUUCAUUGUCCUGUUCAGUUGGUGCUAUUCAAUCUCUUUACUGUUACUGAACCAGGAAGUGAUGCGACCAUUUAGUACACUUUCAGUGGUGUCCCUGUAAUAGUUGAUGAGGGCUGGCGCGGUGAGACUUGCCGUCUUUUGGCUCUGGAGGGGGUGGAGCCUUCUGUGUGAUUCAGUUCAAUUUAGUUUUAUUUGUAUAGUGCAUUUUCACAGCAUUACAUUGUCUCAAAGCACUUUAAAUUAUCCCUGCCCAAAGCCCCCAGUGAGCAAGCCAGAGGUGGCAGUGACAAGGAAGAAACCUUGGGGGGAGCCAGACAUAAAGUAGGCCAUCCUCCAUGGGCUGACAGAGGACAUGAACAAAAUCCUAAUUUAUACAGUCCAAAUUUUAAGAUUCAAAUGCAAAUGUGCAGGAUAAGCAGGUGAUGGUUCUGCUUCCGAUGGCAGCAUGAAUGAUGGUACGGCAGCAGGGUGGGCAGGAGAGACGUCACAGGCGG